UGAUGAAAAGAAAUUAACAAGCUGUGUGGGUGUGCUGCACAUGAUCAGCCAUGCUUGCUAAGUCUGUCUGUUGGUUGUUGCUAUGGCUACGAAAAGCCAGUGGAACCCAAUGAGCUGUCUGCAGCAGAGCUGAGGGGACCAGCCAUUUUACUUAUGGAAAACAGUGUGGCAUAUUCUGCUGAGCUUCACCCUGGAAGAAGCCUCUUUUAUACAUCUCUUCAGGGAAGAGAGAAGCAAUGGGCAUGUUAGUAUACGAUGAUCACAGCCACGCAGGCCUGCAAGCUGCCUUUUGGACAGGCUGUUGACUGCCGUUCCAAUUAGCUGAUUGGAGAAUGUGGAAUGCAGAGUGAUAAUGCUGCAUAUCUGCUAUCAGGCAGCAGCAAAGGUUUUUGUCUUGGGAAGGCAAGCUUUCCCUGCAAUAUUAUCUCAGCAGCUCCCUAGCUGCUUACCCUGAAAACGAGGGAUCCAAACGGAGGGUGUUGCCCUCUGCUAACGCUGGUCCUGUGCGUGGCUGUGGCAUAUGAGCGGCAGGUCUGAAAAAGCAGGUGUGUGCUGGGACGGGCACUGGACUGGAACGCAGGCGGACGCUCUCGGGUUUACCUGCUUCCUGUUAACAGAUUGUGGGCUCCCAGGGCAUAUGUCUGCACGCUGAGGCCGAGGCGGAGAAGGGGCUUCCUGAGCGUCCCAGUACACUGACAGAGACACUUGGAUUGGACUUAAUCUUAAACCUCUGGAGUUCAAGACCUUUUAAAAAGGGCUAAAUAAACAAUCUCUACAUGUAAAAGGCCACUGACUCCUACUUCCUCUGUAUAGAGCAACUGUUGAACUCAGCUGCCUGUAGAGCCAGAAUAGGACAGACUCGUAUACCAUUCUGAUCUGGGUGCAUUUCUUCAGAAGGUACGCUGUCCUCACGGGAAACCGCCCGCCACUGCCUGGGCUUGGGGCUGAUGAGGCCAGGAAGAAACUUAAUGCGUGCACUCUAACAAAAAGAUUUCCCAGAAAACUGAAGACUUUAAUAACAAACUCUCCAAGGUGAAAAUGAACACAGAUAGCGGUGGGUGUGCUCGCAAACGUGCCGCCAUGUCUGUUACGCUAACAUCUGUGAAGAGAGUGCAAAGUUCUCCAAACCUAUUGGCUGCAGGGCGUGAUUCUCAGUCACCAGACUCAGCUUGGAGAUCUUACAAUGAUGGCAAUCAGGAGACACUGAACGGAGAUGCUACAUAUUCCUCUCUUGCAGCAAAAGGUUUUAGAAGCGUUCGACCAAACCUACAAGAUAAAAGAUCACCAACUCAGGCACCCCCUCCACCAGAAAGAAAAGAGAGCUUUCAUAGCUCUUUGAUAACCAGUCACACAAAGGGUGUCAUUUUAGACCAGUUAGUAACUAACACACAAAUUCCCUCCAGUACAGAGUACUUUGCUAACAAAAAACCUCUUCAGGGAACUAUGCAUUCCAAUGAAGAUUCGAGGCAGACAAUUGUAUAUUCUGAAGAAUCUAACACAACCAUGUCAUAUACACAAAAAAUCACUAAUCCACUACCAGCAGCUUCCAGCACGGAUCCUGCACCAUUCGCUAACAUCAACAACCCAGUUCUACAAGAGGACUACAGGCAAGAUUCUCAAACUCGGAGGAUUUCUACCUUGAAACUAACCCAUAACCAGGAUCUAGGAAGUAGCAGCCCCAUUAAUACUCCACAGUUCUCCAAAUCUGUCGAAGUACCAUCAUUUCUCAAAAGGCCCUGCUCACUGACCCCUAAUCCAGUGCCUGAGACACACACAGCAUCUCUUUCCAUUCAGAUAGCUCCCCUUUCAGGACAGGAUCUUGAAAGCCACAAACAGCUACCUGAGCUUUCUCCAGAGACUGCAAAGAUACCUCUUCAGCAAGAGAGACAAAAAUCUGCAGUUGCAGCGGCCUCUCAGUCCUCAGACUGCAGAGUGCUUGGAAAUCAGAACUUACCUGCCAGUGUGUUGGAGGUAAAUGCUUCACAGACACACAGACAAACCACACCAGAAGCCUCUCCUCCGUGCCCUCCUUCCGUGGUACCUUUGAACCGAGCCACUUUCUCACCAGGCAGUGGCACCAGCUCAACAUCACUCAGCCUUCCGCCCCCUGAUGGUGUGGGGUCUUCACGCCUGCAUAAUCCCCAGAGCCUUUCCCAUUGCUUAUACAAACACCUGCUCCCAGCUCCAGAAAGCCUCAUCCACAGCCACGACACAGGCUUUCUGACAACAGACUCCUCCCUGGCCGAGCACUCCUCCCGCUCAGAGAGUGAGUCCUCCACAGCCAUGCUGGAGGAGCUGCAGAUUGGUGACUCUGACACCACUGGCCGUUCUGAGACACCCUCCCCCACCUGGGGUCAGAGGUCUGCUGUGACAGAUGGCACCACCUUAACCACCCCUGCGGCCACUCAUAGCCAGAUAACAGUGAAUGGAAACUCAGGAGGUGCCGUGAGUCCCAUGAGUUACUAUCAGAGGCCGUUUUCCCCCUCGGCAUAUUCUCUCCCAGCCUCACUCAACUCCAGCAUUGUCAUGCAGCAUGGCACAUCCCUCGAUUCCACAGACACGUAUCCCCAGCAUGCGCAGUCUCUGGAUGGCACCACCAGCAGCUCUAUCCCCCUGUACCGAUCCUCAGAGGAAGAGAAGAGAGUGACAGUCAUCAAAGCCCCGCAUUACCCAGGGAUCGGGCCUGUGGAUGAAUCCGGAAUCCCCACAGCAAUUAGAACGACAGUUGACCGGCCCAAGGACUGGUACAAGACGAUGUUUAAGCAAAUUCACAUGGUGCACAAGCCGGAUGACGACACAGACAUGUAUAAUACUCCUUAUACAUACAAUGCAGGUCUGUACAACCCACCCUACAGUGCUCAGUCACACCCUGCUGCAAAGACCCAAACCUACAGACCUCUUUCCAAAAGCCACUCCGACAACAGCCCCAAUGCCUUUAAGGAUGCGUCCUCCCCAGUGCCUCCCCCACAUGUUCCACCUCCAGUCCCACCGCUUCGACCAAGAGAUCGGUCUUCAACAGAAAAGCAUGACUGGGAUCCUCCAGACAGAAAAGUAGACACAAGAAAAUUUCGGUCUGAGCCAAGAAGUAUUUUUGAAUAUGAACCUGGCAAGUCAUCAAUUCUUCAGCAUGAAAGACCACCCCCUCUCCCAACAACUCCGACACCUGUUCCAAGGGAACCUGGCCGGAAGCCUCUUUCUAGCUCCCGACUCGGAGAAGUCACUGGUAGCCCCUCCCCUCCGCCCCGGAGUGGCGCCCCCACACCAAGCUCGCGCGCCCCGGCUCUGUCUCCCACCCGGACUGAUCGCAUAAAUCCAGAUGACAUAGAUUUAGAAAAUGAGCCCUGGUAUAAAUUCUUUUCAGAACUGGAGUUUGGACGCCCGCCUCCUAAAAAGCCUCUGGACUAUGUUCAAGAUCAUUCUUCUGGUGUUUUCAAUGAGGCCUCCUUGUAUCAGUCCUCUAUAGACAGAAGCAUGGAAAGACCCAUGAGUUCUGCAAGCAUGGCCAGUGACUUCAGGAAGCGGAGGAAGAGUGAGCCUGCAGUGGGUCCACCACGGGGCUUGGGAGAUCAAAGUGCGAGCAGGACUAGCCCAGGCCGAGUGGACCUCCCAGGAUCAAGCACCUCUCUUACAAAGUCUUUCACUAGCUCUUCUCCUUCUUCCCCAUCAAGAGCAAAAGGUGGGGAUGAUAGCAAAAUAUGUCCAUCCCUUUGCAGUUACUCAGGGCUCAACGGCAACCCCUCCAGUGAGUUAGAUUACUGUAGCACUUACAGACAGCACUUGGAUGUCCCUCGGGACUCACCAAGAGCCAUUAGUUUCAAGAACGGCUGGCAAAUGGCCCGGCAAAACGCAGAAAUCUGGAGCAGCACGGAAGAAACCGUUUCUCCCAAAAUCAAAUCCCGGAGCUGUGACGAUCUCCUAAACGAUGACUGCGAUAGCUUCCCGGACCCGAAAAUCAAGUCGGAAAGCAUGGGCUCCCUGUUAUGUGAAGAGGACUCCAAGGAGAGCUGCCCCAUGGCGUGGGGGUCCCCCUACAUCCAGGAGGUUCGCAGUAAUGGCAGAUCAAGGAUCAGACACAGGUCAGCCCGCAACGCCCCGGGGUUCCUAAAGAUGUACAAGAAAAUGCACCGCAUCAACCGCAAGGACCUGAUGAAUUCCGAGGUGAUCUGUUCCGUGAAGUCCAGGAUUCUGCAGUACGAGAGCGAGCAGCAGCACAAGGGCCUGCUGCACGCCUGGAGCCAGUCCUCCACGGAGGAGGUGCCCCGGGACAUGGUGCCCACACGCAUUUCCGAAUUCGAAAAGCUGAUCCAGAAGUCCAAAUCCAUGCCAAAUUUAGGGGAUGACAUGCUAUCUCCCGUAACCCUAGAACCACCGCAAAAUGGCCUAUGUCCCAAGAGGCGGUUUUCCAUCGAGUAUUUGCUGGAGGAAGAAAAUCAAAGUGGACGCCGCCCUCAGGGCCAGCGAGGCUGCCAGUCUAAGGCCCUGGUGCCCAUUCACAUUGAAGUCACCAGCGAUGAGCAGCCCCGAGCACACGUGGAGUUUUCCGACAGCGACCAGGACGGGGUUGUGUCUGACCACAGUGACUACAUUCACCUAGAGGGGUCAUCCUUCUGCAGUGAAAGUGACUUUGAUCACUUUUCCUUCACAUCCUCCGAAAGCUUUUACGGAUCCAGCCACCACCACCACCACCAUCACCACCACCACCACCACCGCCACCUCAUCAGCUCCUGCAAAGGCAGGUGCCCGGCCUCCUACACUCGAUUUACCACAAUGUUAAAACACGAAAGAGCCAGACACGAAAACACCGAGGAGCCCAGAAGGCAAGAAAUGGACCCUGGCCUUUCUAAACUUGCUUUUCUAGUCAGUCCUGUGCCUUUCCGGAGGAAAAAAAAUUCAGCUCCUAAGAAACAGACUGAAAAGGCAAAAUGUAAAGCAUCUGUGUUUGAGGCUCUGGACUCUGCCCUUAAAGACAUUUGUGACCAAAUUAAAGCUGAAAAGAAAAGGGGGAGCUUGCCGGACAACAGCAUCUUGCACCGCCUCAUCAGUGAGCUGCUGCCAGAUGUUCCCGAGAGGAACUCAUCCCUGAGAGCGCUGAGGAGGAGCCCCCUGCACCAGCCUCUCCACCCACUGCCUCAAGAUGGUGCUAUUCAUUGUCCACCCUACCAGAAUGACUGCGGGAGAAUGCCCCACAGUGCCUCUUUCCAAGACGUGGACACAGCCAGCAACAGCUACCACCACCAAGACCGUGGCGGUGCACUCCAAGACCGUGAGUCCCCUAGAAGUUACUCAUCCACUUUGACUGACCUGGGGAGAAGUGCACCAAGGGAAAGAAGAGGAACUCCAGAAAAAGAGAAAUUGCCUGCAAAAGCUGUUUAUGAUUUUAAGGCUCAGACAUCUAAGGAGUUGUCAUUUAAGAAAGGAGAUACUGUCUACAUCCUCAGGAAAAUUGAUCAAAAUUGGUAUGAGGGAGAACACCACGGGAGAGUGGGCAUCUUCCCGAUCUCGUACGUAGAGAAACUCACACCUCCUGAGAAAGCACAGCCGGCAAGACCACCUCCGCCAGCCCAGCCCGGAGAAAUCGGAGAAGCUAUAGCCAAAUACAACUUCAACGCAGACACAAAUGUGGAGCUGUCACUGAGAAAGGGAGAUAGAGUUAUUCUUCUUAAAAGAGUUGAUCAAAACUGGUAUGAAGGUAAAAUCCCAGGAACCAACAGACAAGGCAUCUUCCCUGUGUCCUAUGUGGAGGUCGUCAAGAAGAACACAAAAGGUGCUGAGGACUACCCUGACCCUCCAAUACCCCACAGCUAUUCUAGUGAUAGGAUUCACAGCUUGAGCUCAAAUAAGUUGGCUUCCAGUGAACCAGCCCCUCCUCCCACCCACAAAGUCUCACCUGGCUCAGAUAAAGGAGCUCUCCGGGGAACUGGCCAGGGCUGGUUGUCCCUGACAGCCUCAUGUCCACCAGCAAACCCUUUGGCCCCAACACCACCUCCUUUCCUGGACAACUUCUUGGGUGAAUUGGAGAAGCUUGGUGCUUUAACUUUGUCAGCUGACCAAGCCAAACCAGCCAUCCUAGAGGACGCCAUCCUGGAAAUUAAGGAGGAACCUGCUGUCCUCCUCCCAUUGUCCCCAGCGACUGCACCUGCCGAAUCACCUUCCACUCACGCGGGUGUGGCCUCGGCUGCAGCCCAGCCUUACCAUGCAGAGCCUCUUCAGGAUCCCAGAACGACAACUCAAAGCAACUUUGCAGAGUUGAGAAAAAUGAGAAGGGGCUUCUCAGACCCUAAAAAGGCACCAGAAGUCCUAGGGGAUAAUUUUGUGGCCUCUGCGUGCACCAGCGUGGGUUCCUUGCCUGUACCCCUUCCUGUCAUUGGAGAGGAAGAUGAGGGCAUCUAUGAGGGGAUUGUGUCAGGCAUCCAGAGAGGGCCGCCAGAACCUCAGGAAGGAGACGCCUGGUGGUGUGGCCACGAUGGGUCAGAGGGCACCCCACACCUGCACAUUGAAGAGGAGGAGGAGGAGGAGAAACCCAACUGCCUAAAACACCCCAUAGCCACCCCCACAGAUCCUAGGACCCCCAAGGAGGACAGCAAUGCAGCAAAACCCAGUAAUGAGCUGCCGUCAUUUUCUUCGGGAGAGCAAGCACCCACACCCUUUCCCAGCCACCUGCUUUCCUCCCCUCCAUUUCAUUCUCUCUUCGCCUCUGUUUCUGACCUGGACUCUACACUUUCUCAGCCCUGCUCACCUCCUCUCCUCCCUAAAUAUUCUUAUCAGCAGGAGAUCAAUCCACCAAAAUUAAAGCCACAGCGUCCUGUGUUUACUCAUGAAAAUAUUCAAGGUGGGGGGGAACCGUUUCAGGCUCUGUAUAACUAUACUCCCAGGAAUGAAGAUGAGCUGGAGCUCAGAGAAAGUGAUGUCAUUGAUGUCAUGGAAAAGUGUGAUGACGGCUGGUUUGUGGGGACCUCAAGAAGAACCAAAUUCUUUGGUACUUUCCCCGGAAACUACGUCAAGAGGCUGUGAAUUGCUCUCCCUCCUUCUGCAGAGGCCGCCUGCCAGCCACGCACCUGCGUCAACGCGCCUGAAACACCCCGCGGGCCUCCCGUUGUCAUGCCUUACGGUUUCCAAUGCGCCGUCACCAUCUCCACCUGCCACCAAACCACCAGCAGAGUAACCGCCGCUGCUGCGAGCCUGGGGACGACAUGGCAGGCUGGCCCCCUCCGUGAAAGUGUGGAUUCCUACUUCCCGCUCUCAGCUUUGACACGUCAAAAUGUGGGAUCAGAAAGAAAAAUUAUGAUAUUUAAAAAUGGUAAAAUAUUUGAGGCAAAAAAAAAAAAAAAAGUGUCUCCAGGAGGCUGUCCAGCCUCGUGGCUCCAUUUCAACAUCUCCCCCCAGGCGAUGUUCUCCCCCAAGACGACCAGAAAAUUGUUUAUUGGGGAAUGCUGUGGUUUGCGUUUUCAUAUUCUUAGCUUGGCAGUGUAUAUUCUUUUCACAAGUUUGCCUAGUGUCUUGGUUUACACAAUAUGACAACUGUAACUGUACUUUAGCUAUUGUUUGCCUGCACAUACAUGUUGUAAUAUGCACAGUGAUUACACCCUUUAAAGCAAGAGGAGGCGAGUUAAUUUGGAUGAGUGUGAUUUUGCUGAUUGAAUGUGAGUUUUCAAAUAGGAGUCUUUUUCUGCAAUUUGUUUGCAUUUUUUAGAAGUGCAAACAGUAAGUAAGAGCCUUCGGUAAUAAUCAUGACAAUACAAGAGGCUGAGCUAGGCUACAGGGGAAAACUAUUGUGUUGUAAAGUUGCAUCGCUAUUUUAUAUUAAAAUGUAAUGAUCAGCAUCAUGAACAAUGAGCUCUUAGUGUUUUAUUUAUCUGAAAAAAUGUAAGUAAAAGCAGUGUUAGUGAGAGGUGCAAAGAAUUAUUCUAACAGACACUUGGAAGUAUCUGUAAGCAAUACUAGUAGGUAAGAUUUCACUGUGUGUACACAUACACAUUUGAGAUUGUAUGAGAACAUAUAAUCCAUAUGAUAUGUUGUACAUUUUAUGGAAAUGUAAUAGAAUCUCACACAUUAUUUUAUAGAAAUAGAGUACAGAAGCAUCACAAGUAUUAAAGUUGGUUUUAGCAAGGAUUAUGAUUAAUACAAUUAUUUUUACUAUAAUAAUUAUUUUUCUUCUAUGGAACUCAGAAUCCUGGCUACAUUUGAGGACAGGAAUAUGUUGAGCCUGAUUUUCCUGGUGUGUGUAAAAUAUUUCCUAGGAAUAAAUUAGGCACUUUUUAGAAGCAAUGUUAAAUCAUUCAGGUUUUAUUUUCUGCCCUGAAGCAGAAAUUUAAAAAAUGAUAUUGGGACCUGGAAGGUUUAAUAUAGUUCACAGUGCCUGAAUUACACCUGCUCCGAAAACUAGCUUUGUAUUUCUUAUGACUUUGCAUAAGAACUGUUCAUCUUGGGAUCUUGAGCACCUUAUAGAUAAAACUUUUUAUGGCAUUUCUUUCGUGGACAGUGAUUGAUCUUUUCACAAUGUACGUAGCCUCUAGAAUUUUGUACAUAUGUUUGCUCUUUUUUUGUACAGACUAUUUAGUUGUUGAGAAAACAGGGGCGUUUCCUAAUUUGGUCUUUAUCCUGCGACAACACUUUCAGCAGACUAGCCUCUCCUUAUCUCACAGAUCACAAGCACCCCUAGAUAGUGUGAUUCUGUCAGAUAGCAUUUAUGCAAAAAUCUAUGAAGUUAAAAGAUUGUAGAAGCCAAAUGAAAUGUACAUAUCUACUGACUGAUGACAAGGGAAUUUCAUUAGGAAGAAGGUAAAGAAACAUCAUUGAGUAGCCUGCCUUGAUUUCUGUCAAGUUCACAACCAGCUUCAUAUUUUAAAGGCUUCAGGUUUGAAAUUAAGUCAACUGCAUGCAGCUUUGCUGAUAAAUGAAUAAUUCUCUUUGAUGCCAUUUAUGAGAAAAGACUUCAAUAUCUGUUGCCUGUCAUAUUUAAGAAAAAUUACUGUUUCUACUCUCUGUAUCUGAUUUUAAAAGAAAAAAAUAUUCAUACCUGGCUUCCAGGUAAUUGACUUUGAAUUCUUACAAGCAAAGGUCAUUGUGUUUUUCUUGAAUAGACAUCUAAUAAAUUUUGCUUGGAAGUAUA